GCCUGCACCGUUCUUUCGAUCCCUGGAAUCUGUCAACCCAUAGCGACAUGUAAAGGGACAUCGAAUCCAGGCUUCUGUCCUGGACCAGCAGGCACAGUACGCUGCACCACGGAUCCCUGUACCGAUAUUGGAGGAACAUGCGAAAGUGACACCACAUGUCGAGGGAUAUCGACUCCUGGAAUUUGCUCAGGAGCAGCUGACGAACAAUGCUGCACGACGUUUCCAGGCACUAGAGGCAAACGGUGCCAGUACGAAGGGAUCAAUACCGCGGGACUGACCCUCAUCAAGAGAUGGGAAGGGCUCGUUUGUGCUCCAGCGCCGGAUCCCAUUGGUCUACCUACAGUCGGAUAUGGGCAUCUUUGCGAAAUAGAAAACUGCGGAGAAGUCGAAUAUAAGUUCCCGUUGACAGCUGACAGUGCAGACAAGCUGCUAAGAGAUGAUCUGGUGACAUACAAACAAUGCCUGUCCACAAUGCUCAAUGACACAGUCAUAUUGAACAAGAACCAAUACGGUGCGCUUGUUAGCUUCACUUUAAACAUGGGAUGUGGGCAGAUGCAGAAUUCCACACUCGUGGACAGACUGAAUGCUGGAGAGGAGCCAGUAAAGGUUGCCUCCGAGGAACUUCCUCGUUGGGUCUAUGCUGGCGGAGAUGUUCUGCCCGGACUGGUGAAAAGACGAGCAGAUGAGGUCCGGCUGUUUAAGAUCCCGGAGAAGCAGAUUGGGCAUCCGCCGCAAUGUAUAGGGUUUAGAUUUGAUGAUACAGACGAUGGAUCGUAUACAGGGGUGAUUUCGAAGUGAAUGUAUGACAGGGAAUAAGAGAGAAUGGUAUGAUGUACUUGGCUUUGGUUUAUCGAGAACCUUGGUGUGAGAACAGCUUCAGUGACAUAAUAAGGAUUGUAAUACCUGUAAGCCGAUCAAGACACUUCCACUGGGGACAAGAAUUGAUGCUGGAAGCCGCUAGGGAGCAAGGGGUUCAGGGGGAAUUUAGCCGACUCCCCAGAUGGGAGCUUUUGGUAUAGCCGUCGUCUAAUGCAGGCAGCAUGAGUCCCAGAAAAAAAAGGAAACAAAAAUUGGACCAUGGGUUUCUGGUACAUCUCAGGGUCUCAUAAUGUAUCGCGAUGUGACUCCCUUCUGAGGUCUGCC